UCUUGACUCCACAAACAUGGCGGAGGUCAUACUUCGCUGUAGCAGAAUCACUGUCAACAUUUUGCCCAAAAUAUGCAACUAUUUUCCACCGAAAUCUCCUGGGAAGCACGAAGAAGGGCUGAGGGAUGACAUUAGAGCAGGUCAUGGACAUACUUCUGUAUCUUGGGGCCACGGAGACUAUCUAGGAAUUUUCUUCCCUCAAAGCAGUGCCCGUCCAGGCUCUUGCUGGGGACAUUUGACCUUUUGUAGGACUUAUGCCAAUGCCACAAGAGAAGAGCCUCUUUACAGAAGCAAAACCGGCUACUACGACAUCCUCGGCGUGUCUCCCACGGCCACCCAAGUGCAGAUCAAAACCGCCUACUACAAACAGUGCUUCCUCUACCACCCGGACAGAAACGCCGGAAACGAUGAUGCCACCGUCCGCUUCUCAGACAUCAGCGAGGCCUACUCAGUGCUGGGCCACAAGGGCCUGCGAAAGAAGUAUGACCUUGGCCUCUUGAGUCUGCUCGACCUGACCAACAAGACCCAGGUCAGACCCUCCGCCGCCAAUCCCCCCGGAGGAGGGAGCUCAGCGGCAGCAGGAGGGAGGAACGCGGCCGUGGACCCCCGUAGUACCAUAUUUGACUUUGACAAGUUCCUUCGCUCGCAUUACGGCAACCAGCUCCUGAGGGACAAAGACAUUCGAAAACGGAAGGAGGAGAUGCUGAAGAAACAGCAGGAGUCGCUGCCCGAGAGGAACAAGGAAAGGACCAUGGAGGUGGGUGUCGUCAUGAUGCUCGUUGGCGCCAUAGUGCUGCUGAUCACCUUGAGGGGAGUGUCGAGCUGAAGUCAUACUGUUCAUUUUCCUUCACAUAGUUCAAUUUCAUAUUUAUAGAAAAUUAUUAUAUAAUUAUUAUAAAUUAUUAUAACAAUUUCCCCAAAGUUGAAUCCAUUGUUUUUAGCCGCAAUUUAUCUAAAUUAGUAUGAUGACUUCUGCCACUGUCAAUCUGUCAAAGCAUAAAGAAAUUCACUGUGCUAUAGUUAAACUUUUAUGACUUACAAUAAGUCAUAUCACACUUGUAAUAUAACUAUUGCUAUUUGUUGGUCUUUUUGGGAGGUGCAAUGUUCUAGAAUAAUGUGCCUUUCAUCUGGGUGCUUUUGUCAUCCACAUAUAUAAGUAAUGAAUGAAACUUAUCUGGUGUU